UCCAGGCUAUAUAAGCGGCAGGUCGAGGGCACCGAGGCAUCAAACAUAGCUUAGCUCUUAGGGUUAAAACAACAAUAAACCAUAAACCAAAUCUCAACCUAAGCCAGGCGAAAAUGUCGAAGAUCCACGUUGUCGUUCUUGUUGCUGCAGCAUCCGUCCUGAUGGCCGGAGUGCGAGUGCUGGCCCUCCCCUCGGACUCGGCCGAUGCCCACGCCGAGAUCCGCAGCUUCGUCAACGAGCUGAAGCAGGAGGAUGGCAGCUACAACUACCAGUUCGAGACGACCAACGGCAUUGCCCAGCAGGAGCAGGGAGUGGGCGGCUACUACGCCUCCGGCUCCUCUCAGUACUACAGCCCCGAGGGCCAGCUCAUCCAGCUGACCUAUACGGCCGACGAGAAUGGCUUUCAGCCUCAGGGCGAGCACCUGCCCACGCCACCACCCAUCCCGGAGGCCAUUCUCAAGUCGCUGGAGUGGAUCCGCAACCACCCAGAGGAGAACGAGGAGUACGAGCACCACGACCAACACGACCAACACGACCACCACGGUCACGGCCAUGGUCAUGGCGCCGAGCAGGGCAAACAGUAUCUGCAGCAGGGACAGUCGCAGCAGCUGCCAGUGGGCUCUCUGCUAGCUCCGGCCUCAGCGCCGGCAGCAGCUUCUGGUCUUCCCUACGAGAGGAAGAUUUAAGUUAUUCUCGCCCCCAGCUCGGGCCCAGCCCUGUGCUCCCAUUCAUCUUGUCCAUCGGUUGGCU